UUCCUUGUUCAUUUCUACACCAACUUCCAAUUUAGCUUGUUAAAAGCUCUUUGAAAAAAUAUUCUUCUUCAUCUAUUUGUUCUCUCCUUUUUCCUUCAUGAAAUCAACGUUACAAAAUUAGUCCGGUUCAGUUCUGAAUAUUUCGAAAUUAUUCUAGUUCAGUUCCUACUAUUUUUUGCCUACAUUUUUAAACUUUAUACCAAAAUGGCAACCAAGCCUAAUGGCACCACCACUACAAACCCCACCACCCCCACCACGAACCCCACUGCGAAAAACCAAACGUUCACCCCUAAAAAACAAACGUACAACCCGAACCGCAUCCCUUACCGACCAAACCGUCGACACAACCGCAACCGCCGUUGCAACUGUCGUAGAUGCUUUUGUCAAUGUUGUUGUUGGACUAUUCUCAUCAUUUUCUCUAUUCUUGUCCUUGCAGCUAUUGCUGGUGCAAUUUUUUACUUCCUUUAUCAUCCUCAACUCCCUUCAUUUUCGAUUUCCUCUCUUAAAAUCUCACAGUUCAAUCUCACCACAUCCCUUGAUGACACUACGAGACUCACCACUAAAUUCAACGUAACUCUGUCCACCAAGAACAAAAACAAGAAACUUAUAUACACAUAUGAUCCAGUUGUUUUAACAGUGGAAUCAACUGACCACAUUGGUCUAGCAAAUGGCGUUUUUCCAGGAUUCAUUAGUACACCAAAUAAUGUUACAAUUAUACAUUCAACUUUAUCAAUUGUGUCACAAGUUCUUGAUGUGGACUCAGUUUCAACAUUGAAAUCAGAUGCGAAGACAAAAAGUGGAUUGCCUAUGAGGAUUUUGUUGGAUACAAAAGUUGUUGUGAAAAUGGACAAAUUGAAAAGUAACAAAGUUCGAAUUAGAGUAACAUGUGAUGGUAUUAAUGGACCACUACCUAAAGGGAAAAAUCCAACUGUGGCUUCAAUUGCAACUGCUAAAUGUAAGGUUGAUUUGAGAAUCAAGAUUUUGAGGUGGACUUUCUAGUUACAACUUCAUUUUUUUGGUUUUUCUAUACACGCUCGACUCCACUCUCAGUGCUCGAAUUCGAGACAUCUAGUUAAGGAUUGGGGAGUAUUUACCAUUUUAUUUUUUUGGUUUCAAGUCAAUUUGGUUUGGGAAUUUACUAUUUUUACUUUGAUUUUUUUUUUUUUUUUAAGGUCAAGUGUAAUCGUUUUUUUUUCAAUAUAUUUUUCUGGGAUUGUUUGUAAACUGCUUGCACACAAACAUAAUACAGAAUUUUUAGGUUAUUGUUAAUCAAGAAUUGUAAAGAAGCAGAGGGAGUAGAAAUAUAUAAUAGUAUGUCAAUUUUGUUUUUUU